AUGGUGCGGAUGCGGGUCGUGGUGGGCGGCUGGGCGGCAGCAACAGCGUGGGGAAGGUGCGGCAGGGCAAGAAGGGCGGUGGAAACUGCAGUGGCGGGUCCGGCUCGAGCAACGGCGGGGGCGGAGGCGGAGGGUCGGGGAGAAUCGCGGCGGCGCGGCAGCGGUGCUGGUCGGCAGGGGUCAGGGCAGCAGCAAGGCCGUGGGCGUGGCGCAGGCGCAGGUGCAGGCGUGGGUGGUGGUGGUGGUGGUGGUGGUGGUGGUGGUGGUGGUGGUGGUGGUGGUGGUGGUGGUGGUGGUGGUGGUGGUGGUGGUGGAGGACGUGCAGGCGGAGCGGGCGGCAUGAGCGGAGGGGCGGGGUAG